AUGACAAGUUUUCCUCUAUCUAUUGGUAAUUUUACUGCCAUUCGCAUUUCCCCAAACAAGGGAGUGGAGCACAGUCUUUAUGCGGUUUCUAAGACACCCACGGAUGUCAAGGUGUACAACAUCCCUCCUUUCUUCAACAGAGCAUCCCUGAAUGAGUUUUUCUCCUCAUUUGGUCCAGUGACUCACCUCUACCACGAUAAGAAUAGCUGUUCUGUCCUUGUCUCGUACGAACUGAAGGAUUCUGCAGAUACUCUGCUUUCUACCUCCAUGUCCAUAACCUACGCCGUUCGCCUGCCCAAAGCCACGCUCAAUCAGGUCGUCGUGGAUAGCAAGAAGUCUUGGCUGAAGGAUUCCGAGGCACUUAAAAAUGAAUCGGAGGAAUUUCUACAAAAGUACUUUAAAGAAAAGCUUUCUAAGGACGAAAGCUCUGAUGAAGAUUCCGAUGAAUGGGUCGUAGUCAAACCCAAGAAACGUCGCAUGCGAUAA